CUCGUCCCCAGCCGUAAUACGUAUCCUGCAAAUGAUCACGUGAUUUGUGUCAGUUACAACGCCUCGGUCACAACAGUCUGUAAGAUGUCUGUAGAAGCGUGAUUCCGGAAUCAUAGCAUCGUUGGAAGAGCUUUCCUUCUGUUCCUGACUGUCAGAACAUUUUACCCAGGGACAUUUUCCACCUAACCCCGUCUAAUUCGCUGUCAUAAUGCUGAAUUUCUGUCCUCAGUGUGGCUCAAAGUUGCAGCCUGGUUUCAAAUUCUGCCCAUCGUGUGGUGGGAGACUGCCAGACCCAACAGAAACUGUGGAUUCACAGCCAUCCGAGCCAAAUCCAAACUCUGUGCUUUUAUCUUUGAGCGCCAUGGAAGUCGAUUCUGCUGGAGACUCCCCACAAUCUACACUGAGUCGUCCGCCUUUGCGUUCAACACGUAGCACAGCCGCAGAAUCUUUAGAUCAGAAGUCUUCGCCAUUGUCUCGAAAGCGAAAGGUAUCCCCUCCGGUUAAAGAGGAGGAAAAAGUGUCCCAGACAACAUCGGCCGUAAUAACUCAAACCCCAGUUAAGAGGUUAUUGACAUCCCCACGAAAAGGAAAAGCAUCCCCCAAGGUUAAGGAACAAGAGGAGGUGAAAGAAACUAUUUCGGUUACACUUCAAACUCCAGAUAAGACGUCUUUAGCGUCACCUCGAAACCGUAAGGCCUCCCCUCAGGUUAAAGAAGAAGAGGUGAAGCCAAUGUCUUCAGUUAGUCAAAGCCCAUCCAAAAGCAAAGGCAGGAAACGGGUGUGCGCUGUUGGGCCUGUCCCAGAGGGUACGGUGGUUUGUGACCAGUCCAGCAAAAAGUGGAAGCUGGUUGAACUUCUGUGGCAAACAGAACUAGAUCUGACAUAUGCAGUGUGCCAGGCAAAUCAGCAAGCAGGCUCAAAUGAAUGCAAGUACAUGUUGCGACUGGGUGCUAAAGAGGGACACCUGUUUAAUGAGCAGAACUUCCAUCUGAGAGCAGCUAAACCCGAUGCAGUGGAGAAAUGGUUGAAAUUACACAAAUUGGACUUCCUUGGGAUUCCAUCCUGUGUAGGGUUCGGUCUUCAUGAAGCAUAUAGGUUUUUAGUUUUUCCUAGCAUGGGCCAAACUCUACAGACAGUCAUGGAUGAAGGGAACUGUACUCUGCCUGAGAAAGCUGUUCUCCAGCUUGCACUACGACUAUUGGAUGCACUUGAAUUCAUCCACGAGAAGGAAUAUGCCCAUGCAGACAUCCAUGCAGGAAAUAUUUACAUCAACACUGACAGUCAAACAGAGGUGUUCUUGUCAGGCUUUGGUCAUGCAUUUAGAUUUUGCCCGGGUGGAAAGCAUGUGGAGUACAGACAGGGUAGCCGCACUGCACACCAGGGCAACAUCACCUUUAUCAGCUUGGAUUCUCACAAGGGGGCUGGUCCGUCUUGUCGUAGUGACCUGCAGUCUCUGGGUUACUGUAUGCUGUAUUGGAUGACAGGCUCACUACCCUGGAGUCAUCUCUCUCAAACAAGCUCUGCUAUUGCGGCAGAGAAGGAGAGGUAUAUUUCUGAUAUCCCUGGACUUGUACGUUGCUGUUACAAACAGAAGAAAGCUUCCGUUGCAUUACAAGACUACCUGACUAAUGUGAUGAGCCUGCAGUAUACUGAGAAACCAGAUUACACACUUCUGAAAGCUGGGCUUCAUGAGAGCUUACAGAAGAUGGGUGGGAGUCUGAAAGAAUCACUGAAUCUGUGAAACCAUAAUGAUGAGAGUUAAGAGGUGUGCAGUGUGGACUGAAUUGUUUUAAGGAAUGUUUAAGAACGAUUUUAUGCUUUUAAAAGCAGCUUUUAUCGCAGUUUUUAACAAUGGUGUUGCUGUGCAAACUGCAUGUUUUCUCUGAUAGGUUGAGUUUUGUGAUUUUUCAUUAGAGCACAAUGUUUAUUUCUAAGGAUGACUAUUUUUUUUAAU